CAUCAACCAUGUUGGUCCAAAGCGGGGUCAUGAAGCCGCGGGUAUUUAAUACCUUGUGAAGACUGGAGCAAAAACCUCAAUUGCGUACUUCGACCAUACCAGACUUUAUGGCAGUCGACAUGGACCCAAUCUCUAUGCUUGUUCGCAGCUGUGCUGCGUUCUAUCACCUCGUUCGCUGUACUUCUUUAAUCGACGUGGCCACCGGGCUGGCGACCAUAUGGGCAUUAUGUACGGCAAUUUGGGCCACUCAGAAGAACUCCAGAACAACAAAACUAAGGGGUCCCAAGAGGACUAAUCUGUUGUUUGGAGUGAGUACGGAGCUGUUUGGAUCGCCUGAUUCGGGGGCGAUCUUCGAGGCAUGGUCCAAGGAGUACGGUGUUGCCUAUGAAAUCCCUAUGAUGUGCGGGAAACAGAGGAUCGUGCUUUGCGACCCGAAAGCGCUGGCAUACCUCUUCUCUAAGGAUACAUGGUCGUACGCGGGCAUUCCGGGCGUUAAAGCGAGCAUCGCACGGAGGGUAGGAAAGGGGCUGAUUUGGGCUGAAGGCGAGUCACACAGAAGGCAAAGAAGAUCCAUAGCACCUUCGUUCAAUUCUACUGCCAUCCGGAAGUUAAGCCCUGCCAUCCAUAAAGUUGUGGAUAGGCUCAAAGCAGCUUUGGAAGAAAGCAUCGAUGCGAACGGAGGCGAGAGUGUAGUCCUCGAUGUCGAGAAAUGGGUGAACUAUGUCUCCCUCGAUUCUUUCGGGAUUGCAGGUUUCUCCUACGACUUCGAUUCUCUUGCUGGAAAACCAAACAGCAUGAUUUCGGUCCUCGACGAUUUCGCAGCGCCGUCACCCCAUCCGCUUUUGGAUAAUGCCGUGUUCCUGCUUUCCAUCGUUUUUCCUAUUGCUAUGUACGUGCCGACCUGGCGGAACAAGAUGCUUGACAAGCUCCGGGGGCGAAUGUCUGAGAUUUGUGACAAGUUGGUCGACAACGCCAUAAAGGAGAAGGAAGGCGCAUCAAAUGAACAAACUUCCACGAUCGGUUUGCUGCUGAAUGCAGAAGAUGAAGAUUCUGGAAAACGUAUCGUUCGAGAGGAAGUCUUGGCGCAGAUAAGCACGUUAAUUUUCGCAUCCUAUGAAACUACAGCAAUCGCCAUGACAUGGGCGUUGCUCGAACUCGCUCGGUACCCAGAUAUUCAAAAUAAACUUCGCAAAGAACUUUUGUCUUUCGGUAGAGAGCCCUCAUACGAUGAGCUUACCACUGGUCUCCCUUACCUCGACGCCAUAGUGCAGGAGACCCUCCGCCUUCACCCAGCUGUCCAAGACUUGGUACGCGAGGCAAAUGAAGACGACGUCAUCCCUCUAUCUGAGCCAGUGCGGACAAAGUCUGGUGAAGUGGUUGACAGUAUAGCUAUCGAACGCGGCACCGAGAUUGGCAUAUCUAUUUCCUGCAUGAACCGCUCCGAGGCGAUCUGGGGUCCAGACGCUAAAGUGUUUAGACCAGAACGAUGGUUAGAAGCAGACGGCAUAACAAAGAAAGCUCAGGAGGUGAAGGGAUACCGGCAUUUGCUCACGUUUGGUGAUGGUCCGAGGUCUUGUAUUGGAAAAAUGUUUGCUGUUGCUGAGAUCAAGACGAUGCUUACAAUGUUAGUCAAGAACUUUGUGCUGGAGAUGAGGGACGGGCCAGAUACAAAAUUCGAAAUAAUCAGGGGAAUCGCACUGAGGCCCAAGAUUGCAGGAGAAGAUGGAAUCAAGAUGCCACUGAGGGUUAGGCCGUACAAGGGCUAAAGGUGGAACUUCACUCGACUCUAGUAGCGUACAAGCUUGGUUCAGCCCUGUUACAGAACGUGGCGGACCUCGCUGCUUGAUGAGCGUCUUUCGCAACAGAUUAUUGGUAUUUUUCCUAGGCUUAUAUGUAGGACAAAAUUU